AUGGAAAAUAAUGAUGAAGGUUCUCGGCUCAGUUGCUUCAGGGAGUGGAUGAGCCUCCAAGAGCAAGACCUUUCUGAGCUCCUACAGUCACUUCGCCUCAACAAUGCUGAUGGGGAUGAUCAUACAGCAGAGCUGAGCCAACUUGUUGAAAAAAAUAUUAGGCACUUUCAAGAAUACCUUUGCCGGCGAGUCAGCCUGGCUCGAGAGGAUGUUUACCCCUACUUCUCUCCCACCUGGUGCACAUCACUUGAGGGCUCCAUGUUGUGGGCCGGAGGCUGCAGACCGUCGAUAUUUAUAAGGCUCGUUUAUGCUCUGUCUGGGAAGGAAAUCUCAUCCCGUCUGGAUGAAUAUCUUCAUGGCAAUAGAACUGGUGGGCUUGGCGAGCUCUCACCGAGUCAAAUCAACUCAAUCAACAGUUUGCAGCUGAAGACAAUUCGGGAGGAAGAAAAGCUAUCGUCAAAGUUGGCCAGUAUGCAAGAGGAGAUGGCUGAUCAGCCUAUUGCCAUCAUUGCAAAGGAACUGGCAGCACACAGUGAGGCCAGCACGGAAGCCGAGGAGGCCCUGAAGUCGCUUGCCGUGUCAAUGACCAGUAUGCUGGAAGAGGCUGAUAAUCUGCGGUUGAACACGCUGAAAGAGCUGAUGAGUAUAUUGACCCCAGUUCAGGCUGUCGAUUUUCUGGCCACCGGAAGAAAACUUCAUCUUUGCAUCCAUGCAUGGGGCAGGAGGAGGGAUCAAAAGCACGCAAGGCACUGA